AUGUCUAAGCGAAAAACUGCUCGAGCCUUAAGCAGCGGUGAUGUAUUGGCAUAUUCAGUUGCUGCAGCGAUGUCUAGACAGAAUGCUGAUGACCAACCAAUCCAUGAAGCAAAGGAUUCUCUGUUAAGCGUCGAAAGUGGUUUCACAAAUUUUCGUGGACUCAUCAAUUGGGGUCUGAUCAUGCUGCUCAUUUUUGGAGGCAAAAUGGCACUUAACAACCUGCUAACCAACGGUAUUAUCAUGGACCCCUUCAUUUGGCGCUACAUUAUUCAGGGCGAACACGCACAACCGUCAGGUCUUCUGUUUAUUGCAUGUUCCAAUGUCUUCAUUUUGGUUGGAUUUGGAUUAGAGUUGCUCUUCCAGAAGAUGACCUUGCCGAACUACGUGAUGUUGUUCCUUAUCAGCCUCAACUUGACUGGUUUGGUUGUUUUUCCUUCGGUUGUGAUCCUUUCCCAUGACUGGAGCCCCUUUUUCUCGUCGCCCUGCAUCAUGAUGUACAUCGUGAUCUUCCUCAAGAUGUGGUCCUACGCCCAGGUGAACUGGUGGUGCCGGUCGGCACUCAGACGACGCGUGGCCGGCCACACGACGGCCGUGAAGGACCUUCUCAAACAAAAUCACUCCGUGCUCAAGCGGAAACAGCAAAGCGAAGCAGCCGGCAAGACAGGUGAGUCGACAAAUUGUGGUGACAGCGUACUCUUCCAACUCUCUCUCUCUCUCUCUCUGGUUGUACUGAUUCGUGCUCAUAGCACUGCCAAGGCGCCGGUCGGACUUCAGCAGGCAGUCGCCGCCAAGUCUGAAUCAGACGGUAAUCAGUCGGGUAAUGAUGAGAAGGAUGGACCUCGACCAACCGAGGACUCGUUCAACUCGUACGAGGCAACCGGCACGAAGAUCUACAUCUCGCUUACCAAGUACCCCGAUAACUUAACCCUCGGCGACCUCUACUACUUCAUGUUCGCGCCGACGCUUUGCUACGAGCUCAACUUCCCACGCACCCUCUCCAUUCGCAAACGCUUCCUCCUCAAACGUCUCCUUGAACUACUCUGCUUUACCCAGGUGAUUAUCAUGCUGGUUCAACAGUGGAUGGUUCCAGGAUUGAAGAGCUCCGUGACACCAUUCAUUCGUUCAAGAUGGCUCUACAGCUUGGAACGGCUGCUGAACAUCGCCAUCCCAAAUCACAUCAUCUGGCUCAUUGGCUUCUACGCCUUGUUCCACUCGUUUCUGAAUGUUCUGGCGGAAAUUAUGAUGUUCGCUGAUCGAUGCUUCUACGAGGACUGGUGGAACGCAUCAUCGGUGUCGGCAUUUUGGUCUUCCUGGAACAUCCCUGUUCACCGCUGGUGUAGAAGACACGUUUACAAGCCGAUUUUAACUAGAGGCUACACGAGGUUCACGGCCUCGUGUGUGGUCUUCUUCAUAAGCGCAUUCUUCCACGAGUUGGCGGUUUCGGUGCCGCUGAAGAUGCCACGUCUGUGGGCCUUCCUUGCAAUGCUAAGCCAACAGCCCUACGCACUCCUCGUCCACUACUACUGUCCUAACGGCGGCAAACUCGGAAACAUGGCCAUGUGGCUCACUCUUAUUGUCGGCCAACCGCUGGCUAUCUACAUGUACUUCCACGACUACUACGUCAUGCUCUACCACUGA